UAUCUCCACCCUCAAACAAUGCACUUGGCCACUUCUGGCCCCUCCAGUAUCUUCCUAGCCGCGCCUUGUUUAGAGCCCCGCCUUCAUCGUCUUUGUCCUGCCCACUCGGCCACGCCCCUGCCGCGUAGAGUGCCUCCCACCUUCCCAAUUUGGGUAGGAGGGGAUGCUGCUUUCAUAUGAGCAAUUCCUGACGGAUGUCCUCUUCUACAUUUGGGACGCCGCCCAACUCCCUGUCUGGGGAUGGAGACAGGAGGCAGUAGCCCAAUCCAGCCUCAUCCCCUGCCCUCUCUUAAUGGUGCCUUCUUGGGAUGGGGGCUGACUGGGUGAUGUCUCGGGCGUUCGCUGCUUCAGGAAUGCCCAACGGUCUUGGCGGGGUGGGAGGAGUUCCUCUGGCUGACCCCAGCAGACACUGGGCCCAGAGGGGUUGGCUCUCCCCACCUUUCUUCCACCAGGAGGAGGAACCCUUGGGGCCCAGCCCGGACAUGCCGGCUACUGCAGAGCCCAGCUCCAGUGAGACUGACAAGGAAGUUUUGUCCCCCGUUGUAGCUGCUACAGCCACCUCUUUCUCCAUGGGGGAGGAGCCAGGCCCUGACCGGGCAAUCACACCCCCAGUGUGGGAACGUGGAGGGCUUAGAGGGGCCCAGCAGGGUGCAUUCCCAGUCCCAGACAGUGGCCAGCCUUGCCCUGGACCCAGCUUUGGCCUGACAAGCACAGUCUCCGGGACCAGCGAGGACCUGCGGCCUCCCAGACGACGCCCACUACCAGGGAAGCAGAUACCCUGCUCCAGCCCUGGCUGCUGCCUCAGUUUCCCCAGCAUUCGCGACCUGGCACAGCAUCUGCGUACCCACUGCCCACCCACACAGUCCCUGGAAGGCAAACUCUUCCGCUGUUCCGCCCUGAGCUGCACGGAGACCUUCCCCAGCAUGCAGGAAUUGGUGGCACACAGCAAGCUUCACUACAAACCCAAUCGCUACUUCAAGUGUGAGAACUGCCUCCUGCGCUUCCGCACGCACCGCUCGCUCUUCAAGCAUCUGCAUGUUUGCGCCGAGCAUGCGCAGAGCCCAGCCCCGCCGCCACCCCCCGCCCUCGACAAGGAGCCACUCGCGCUCGAGCGCCCCCCGGAGUGCGACCCCGCGUUGGCGCCGGGCCUGCAGUUCCCGCUGCUCGAGCCCUUCACGACCCCAGCCCCUGCCCCCGCCGGGCCCUUCCUGCCCUACUUGAACCCCGCGCCCUUUGGCCUAAGCCCCCCACGCCUGCGCACCUUCCUGGCCACCGCGCCCGGCCCGCCUGCCUCCAGCGCCGCCGUGUGGAAAAAGAGCCAAGGAGCAGGCGGCAGCCCGCGAAGACCCCAGGGCGGCUCCGACGCGCCCUCAGGGCACGCGGCCCCGAGCCGCAUCGUGUGGGAGCACACGCGGGGCCGCUACUCGUGCAUGCAGUGCGCCUUCUCCACGGCCUCGCGGCCCGCCAUGACCCUGCACCUGGAGGACCACCGCCCUGUCGCCCCCGUGGCCCCGGCGUCCGGGCAACCGCGCCCCGACCCCGACGCGCGGGCGGGUAUGACCCUCGGAUCAGCAGCAUCGGCAUCACCUGGGACGUUGCAGCCUGAGAAGCCUUACCACGGACCAAAGGCAGACCCUGCGCUUUAACAACAGGGACUAAACACCGGUGCUUCCCAGCUUAGCUGCACAUCAGAAUCACCCCACAAGUGUCUAAGAAACCCCCAGGCUCAGGCCACACCCUAGACCAACUAAGUCUGAAUCUCCAGGAGUUUGUCUCUUUGUAAACUCAAGCAGUCCCAAUGAGUGACUAAACUGAAAAUCAGGGCUCUGCACUCUCCCAGCCAGUGUGUUCUCCCUCUAUCUAUGCACUGAGGUCACUGCCCUUCUGGGGAAACUUACCCGGCUGGGCCUCAUCCUAACGGUGCUAGUCUUACCCACUACCUUCAUCCCCUUUUCUCUGGCCUCCCACCUAUCUCUAUUUUCCUCCCACCCCUCUGUCCUCUGGGAACCUGGGGUGUCCUCAGACACCCUCUCUCCCUAGGGGCCAAGGUCUUGGAUACUACCCACCCACCCACCCCCAAAUCUGCCAUCCUGGUGGGCCAUCUGCUCAGUUGCAGUCAUCCAUGGCCCCAUGUGACACCUGCCCCUGCAACAGGGAAGUCCUGCUCAGAGCUGGGAAUCAGACUGCAGAGAAGUGUUGAAAUGAGGAAGGCAGAUGAGGUAAGAGCUGCGAAAGGGCCUCGCCCAUCACUCAGCAGACUGCUGGGUCUCCCACCAAGAGAGCCAGACCAUGCCCCUUCCCCACUGAGAACUCCCCGUCCCAUGGAGGCACCGGCUAGAGUUGGCCUUGGCCUGCCUCUGUCGGCAGGAGGUCCUCAGGGCCUGGCACCAGGUCCUCCAUGGAGCCUG